AUGAGCAGGCCGCCAGACUCUCUCCGCCGCUUCACGCCUCUUGAUCACGGCCCUCCACUGCCUCCCCUUGACACAUACUCAGAUAUCAUCCCGCAGGACGUCUCCCCAGCCCCCGUCCCGCCUCCGCACCAGAUCUGCUCUUCAGAACGGCCUCUCGUGCCCUUCGACCCUCACCCUUUCCCGUCUCCUCCUCUAUCUUCAAGACUCUCCAGACUCCCGCGCCACGAGCGUAGCGCGUCCUACGUCUCGGGUUACUCGAGCCACUACAGCCAGUCCUCGAGCAGGAGCAACAGCGGCUCCUCCCUCCUCCUCCUCAGCGGCGGAUCAAGGCCCGCAGCACCACCAGCAGCAGAGUACACCCUCCGCCGCCCGCCAGACCUGCCACCGCAGGACUUCCUCGCCCAGCACCCGCACCUCGUCUUCCGCAGGACAGCCGCCCUCCACCGCCAGCGGCAAGGGCCGGACUACUACCGGGACCCGUCAUCAUCGCCGCCGUCGCCGUCACCGCCAGAGAGACACCCCCCCAGGCCGGGCUUCGCGACCGGCAGCCCCCGGAAGCACCGCAGAGCAGCGGUGCAGCGCUUGCGCCGGCCGGGACUCCCCUCCGUCGUCGAGGUGGCGAGCAGCCAGGAGAGACUCGCGCGCGACGAGACCACCACAACCACCAGUACCACCACCAGCAAUACCGCCAGGAUGUCGCAGAACUCAUACAGCAGACGCGAUCUGCCUGAGCCGCCGCCGCCGCCGCCACCACCACCACCGCAGCAGCAGCACCACUCCUUCAGGGAGGCGGACCCAGCGGGCGUAGCGUCGCCGAGCAGGGGCUGGUACCAGAGCGGCCCGGGGAUAGGACCCUACGGAGACGCCAGGCGAGCCCCCGACAGCCACUACGUCGCCACGACAGCGAGUCCCGCGCGACAGCAGGCGCUCGUGGGCUACGACUCGAGGCUGCCGAGGCGAGUGCCCGCGGCACUAGGCACUGCUACUACCGUUGCAGCCGCAGCGCCACCGCCACCGCCCACGGCCCAGAUCCCAGACGUGAGGCGCCCUCCCCCGCGCGAGAGCUUCUCGCAGCCCCGGCCGCAGGGCCGGCUCCAGCCCUCCGAGACGAGCAUGUCCGGCAUCCACCCCGCGCUCCGGCAAGGGCGGCCGCUCUUGGCCAGCGAUCACCAUCCCGGGCCCGCAGUGGCGGCAUCGGCGGCGCUGCGUGCGGGAGGAGGUGAGGACGACGACGGGCUGUCCAUCGCGGGCCCGGCGUUUAUGAGACCGCCGCCGCCGCCGCAGGGCGUGGAGGCUUACGGCUACAACGAUGACGACGACGACGGCGGCGGCGGCGGCGGCGGCGGCGGUCAGUCCUGCCACCGGACUAUAUCCUCGGCGACUAGCACGGCGGUGCAGGAGCAGGAGCCGGCUAAGCGCCUGCGCGUCAGGGGCCCCAGGGACCCGUCGUUCAAGCUGAGAACCAAGCGCUCAAAGCUACAAGAUGGCCCUCCUCCUCCUCCUCCUCCUCCUCCCCCUCCCCAACAGACGGACGCGCCUACGAGGCUGGGCAGCAUCAGCACGGUGUCGAGCGCCGGGGCAACGUGGCACGGCAGCAGCGCUACGGAGAGCAGCGCAAAGUCCGUCCUCGAGAGGUCGGACAGCGACAAGUCGUCGUACCACAGCUUCCCCGAGGUCAUCCUCGCAGAGCAGGACGAGGACAGCAACAGCGGCAGCGGCGGCACGCCAAGCAACGACCAGACACCCCGGGCAACCGCCACCACCACCACCACCUCCUCCUCGGCACAAGACCAGACUCCAACAGCAACCGCACUGCGCCGACGCCCAUCCUCCAUCCCCGUACCCCGGCGGCCCUCAGACAAGGAAGGCACGCCGACCCCUCAGCCCCUGACCGUCCCGUCGUCCAAGAUCCCCGCUCCAGUCUCGUCCUCGACAGCAGCAUCAACAGCAUCAACCUCAUCCUCGUCUCCUCCCGCUCCUGCCGCAGACAAACAACAACAGCAGCAGCAGAAGCAACCCCCGUCCGACCCAGAGGAAGAACCAAACUGGACCCUCAAGACGACGUCGUCCUCGACGACGUCGUCCUCCCAGCGGUCCGACGCCGCCUCCGAGCCGACCUGGCGGCCCUCGCGCCUGCACGACACCGUCUCCCGCACCCGCGCGCACUACGACCAGUACGUCAUCAGGAUGUACCCGACCUCGUCGGACAGCCUGGCCGCCAGCGGCGCUAUGCCCCAGCGAGACGGCGGCGGCGGCGGCGGCGGCGGCGGCGGUGCGAACACGACGGAAGCGACGAGGACGGCAUCAUCGGCAUCAGCAUCAGCAUCAGCAUCAGCAUCAUCGUCGUCGUCGUCGCCUCCGCCACCGCCCAUACCGGCCAGAGCGCCCAACCGGCCUUCCUGUUACGUGGGACGGACCAGCAGCCCCGUGGCCGUGGGCGGCGGCGACGAGGACACGGCGAGCAGUGCCGCCGCCGCUAGCAGUAGUGCGACUACUGCCGUCGACCUCGCCGCUCAUGAGCAAGUCGAGCUGCACAACCUCGGGGCGGCGGCGGACUGUACGAGACAGAGCCGCAGCUCCUCCAGCGGUGGAGUCGGCGGCGACAAGGCCGAAAAGCAGGCCGCGGAGCCCGACUCUGAGCCCGACUCCAGCUCAUGUUUCGGGGGUCUGCGCAGACUGUGGAGGAAGAAGUGA